UUUUUUGACAAAACCUCCAUUCAAUAUCCAUGCUUAUAAAUCAUCGUGUAUGUGGACACUCUUUCUCCAUCUUCACAACAUUUCAAAGUCCAACACUCUUAUAAAUCAAGCUUUGGUCACUACAAAUUUUUAACAAUGGCGAAAGCAGCGGUUCGGUUCAAGAGAGUUGCGGAGGCUUUCGACAUUGCGGCCAGGGAGCGGUCUCCUGUGCCGGAGAGUUUCACUGAUUUGUCGGAUCUCGUCGACUCUUUUAUCGAAGGGGAAGAGAUACGGGAUCAAAGGGAUGAAGCAUUGGAUGAGACUAGUGAUGAAAAUGAAGACUAUUGGGAAAAUUGUGUGGAGUUGUUAGGUGGUUUUUUGGGUGGUGAUGAUGAGGUGCAGCUUCGGAUUCAGGAACAAGUUGAAUUGGCUUGUCGGUGUGUGGGAGUUGAUAGAUCUUCGCCGGAGUUUAAACGAUGUUUGAUGAUCCGUUUACGUGAGACUUUCGAUGCUGGUCUGUGCAAAUCAAAGUGGGGAAAAGCAGCCCAUCUACAACCCGGGGACUACGAGUACAUCGAUGUCAAUGUAGCUGGGACUCGCUACAUCGUGGAGGUUUCCAUCGCCACUGAAUUCGAAUUAGCACGAUCAACCACCCGAUACGCCUCAUUACUCAGCAUCCUCCCCCCUAUAUUUGUCGGAAAAAUCGAAACGCUUGAGCAGAUUGUGAAAUUAAUGUGCCGAGCCAUCAAAAAAUCUCUGAAAAAAUCUGAAAUGCAUGUGCCACCUUGGAGACGUUACGUUUACAUGCACGCAAAAUGGUUCACCUCUAGUUACAAGAGAACGAUAAAAGAAUUUCCAGAACUCAAGGGCUCGGAUUCGGUUUCGGUAUCGGAGAAGAAGAGGGCGGUGGGAUUCGCGCCUAAAGCGGUGACGAAUCGGUCGUAUUUUUGCAGAGAAGCUUGUGGGAGUAAGGGUGGAUCAUCCAGUGGCGGAUCUGACUAUGAAGUUAAGGGGGGUCAAUUUUUUGUAAAAAAAAUUAAAAGGGGUCACAAAAAAAUUAAGGGGGGUCAAUUUCAAUUUUACAACCUAAAUAUACGUAUAAUGUUUUAAAAAAAAAAAUUUAAGGGGGGUCAGUUGCCCCCUCUUGCCCCUUCUAAGAUCCGCCUCUGGGUGGAUCGAGAGUGGGAAAGUUGGCAAUGCUGCUCAAGUAGACUUUAGUGUUGGUUUUGUCUGUCUAAAUACAUCUUUUGCUGCAGGGAACAGGGAUCGUAGUAUUGGUUUUGAUCAGUAAUGUAAUGCUAUUUUUUCUAAAAUUAUUUGGUUAUAUAAUGUAGAUAUUAAGUAAAUAUGGUUAUGUAACGAUAAUUCAUAGAAAGCAUUUUAGUUUAUGUAUAUACAAUUAGAUGAUAAAAA